CUCUUAUAAAUAGUAACUACCUCUGUGACUAGAACCAACGUUUCAUUCCUUGAAAAAGAAAGUUUUCUCCAACUGCUUUAACAGUUUAACUGUCCGAUCGAACAGAAUGGCUGACGUGGUAGAAAAGGAGCGGAGGAUCCUCGUGGCCCUCGAUGAGGGCGAGGAGAGCACGCACGCUCUCUCGUGGUGUCUCAAGAACGUGAUCUCCGAGAAUUCCAAAGAUUCCCUCGUCCUCCUCUACGUUAAACCCCAACGUGUCGUUUACCCGGCUCCAGAUGGCACAGGGUAUUUGUUCUCGUCGGAUAUUUUGGCAGCUAUGGACAAGUACGGUACUGACGUGGCUGACUCCGUCAUAGAGAAGGCCAAGCGGAUGUGCAAAGACCUUAACGAUGUUAAGGUGGAGACGAGAGUAGAGCAUGGUGAUCCGAGGGAUGUUAUUUGCCAGAUGGAAGAGAAGUUGGGUGCUGAUGCAUUAGUCAUGGGGAGCCGUGGUUACGGCCCGAUCAAGAGGGCUUUGCUUGGGAGUGUUAGCAACCACUGUGCACAGAACGUCAAGUGCCCCGUCUUGAUCGUCAAGAAGCCAAAAUCUACUUCUGGAAAUAAUUAAUCAUUUUUCCUCUCUCCUAGCUCUUUUAUGCCUCUUGUAUAAAGUUUCUUGUAAGCCCAUGUAAAAAGUCUUAAUUUCUUGUUUGGUCCUUUGUUUUUGUUUGUUUUUUGUAAUCAAGUAUAUUAAUAUAAUGCUUUUUCUAGGGAUA